AUGCCACGCUCCUUUUUGGUGAAGCAGCUGAAGGUUCACGAUUUCUCAUCUUCCAACUACUACCAUCAGCAUGAGCAGCACUGGGACGACUCUUACACUGUGACACAUGCCAUCACAGAGUCAGCCACCAACUUGGCGGUGCGUUUGAGUGAAAAUGGCUAUAUCCAUGAUUACAUCAUCCCCUCAGUGUUGAGGAGCACAAAGGAGCCAGGUCAUGAGCAGACCGGGCUCUCCUCAGGGCCCCUGUACUCCCCCGGUGGCAGCGUCGGGGAAGAGUUCUCCGACCACGACAUGGAGCAUCCGGACAGCCCUGUCUCCAGCGGGACAGUUGAGUCAGACAGUAGUGGUCCUGAGUUGGAGGCGUGCACCAUCGACUCCUUCCUUAUCUCUGAUGGACGCUCCUGCCGGAGACCCAACCAGAGGCGUCCCCGCAAGGGGGGCAGUCAAUCAGACAGGAGCAAUGAUGUGGGCCCGGCAGACUGCGGCCUCGUCAAAGGGAAAUCCAAAGGGCGUCAUGUGUGCGGCGAGUGCGGCAAGUCUUACGCCACGUCCUCAAAUCUAAGCAGACACAAGCAGACUCACCGUAGCCUGGACAGCCAGCAGGCCAGGAAGUGUCCCACCUGCCACAAAGUGUACGUGUCCAUGCCGGCACUGGCCAUGCACAUGCUGACCCACGACCUGAAGCAUGAAUGCACGGUGUGCGGCAAAGCCUUCAGUCGGCCCUGGCUCCUGCAGGGCCACAUGAGGUCUCACACCGGAGAGAAACCGUUCGCCUGCGCCCACUGUGGCAAAGCCUUCGCCGACCGCUCCAACCUGCGCGCCCACAUGCAGACGCACUCCGCCUUCAAGCACUACUCCUGCAAACGCUGCCACAAAAGCUUCGCACUCAAGUCAUACCUGAACAAGCACUACGAGUCGGCCUGCUUCAAAGGGUACCAGGCCGAGGAUGACUGCAGCUCUGACUGA